AUGCGUUUCACGUGUUGUGCUAUCGAGCGGGACUGCCAGUUGUUUUUCAGAGGUUUGGCGGAUGGAAGAAGGCGGAGAGGAUCGUUCGUUGCUGUUAACGAGAGUUUGAUCGUUGAGAACAGUUUCGAUGAUUUGACGAUAUUUAUAGUGAUCUGUCCAGCGAAUGAACAGUGUUACUUACAUCGUGCGAAAAAUUCGAAAAAUCGAAAUUUACAUAGUAGUUUGAGCGAAAACAUACAAAUUCUUCACAGAAACAUUCUUUUUCGUACUUACAAUUUGUACGACACUACAUUCCCUUAUACAGUUAUUUUCACGACAUCCACAAGUUCAAGGUAACUCUUGUUAUUUAAAAUCUACAAUUUGUAUUUUAAUAGUCUCGUGAUUUUUAUUACACAUUAUAAAGAUGCUUAG